AUGUCUGAAAUCGUGGUCGUAGGCGCCGGAGUGCUUGGCCUCUCCACUGCACUCGUGCUAAGCGAGCUUCGAGGCGUCCACCUCACCGUGGUGGCCCAACACGGGCCUCACGAUCCUGCCUUGAACCUGCCCAUGUCCAACCACUCGGCCUACACCUCGCCGUGGGCAGGCGCCCACUACCGUCCAGCGCCCAGCCGCGACGACGCCGAGUAUGACAUGGCCAUGAUCACUCGCCUAACGUUGGCUCAAUUCCAGCAAUGGGCGCACUCGCACCCGGAAUCGUCCAUCCAAUUCGUCGAUGGCAUCGAGUACUUCGAGUCUCCCGACGCCAUCACCCGUGGCCUUGGCAGAGGCUACACCGAGCAGAUCCGCCAUUUCAGGACCAUCGAGCACAAUCUCCCGCCUGGAGUCGUGUUCGGCACUCGCUACGAUACUUGGGUGCUAAAUCCGCCAGUUUUCUUGCGGUUUCUCUACCACCAGCUUGAGGCCAGGGGAGUCACGUUCGUGCACAAAAAACUCGACUCCCUCAAGCAGGUCAACCUGCUUGUGGAGGGACAUCCGUUGAUUGUCAACUGUAGCGGCAACGGCUUGCUCUACCACGGGGGCCACGACCAGCAGGUGUUCCCCAUCCGGGGUCAAACGCUUUUGGUGGACCCUCCCGCGCACUGCCGCUACACCCACGAAACGGUGACUCACCAGCUGAAGGAUGGCCAGUGGACUUUUGUGGUUCCCCGUCCCCACAACGGAGGCGUGAUUCUUGGAGGCACCAAGCAAGUUGGCGACCUCUACGAUGGAAUUCGGGACGAGGACACCCGUGCAAUUUGUGCAAGAGGUGCGGUUCUAUACCCCGAAUUGAUGAAAGUCGACAAAAACGGAAAAAAGUACUUUGACAUCAAGCGAGUGAACAUGGCGUUCAGACCCGCCAGAACCGGCGGGUUGCGUAUCGCCUUGGAGCGCAAGGAUGCCCUGCAGGGAAGGGACAACGAUGUCAUCCACAAUUACGGUGCCGGAGGCAUGGGCUACGAGCUCUCAUACGGCUCGGCGUUGAGAGUGCUUGAAAAAGUCAAAGAGGUGGUUCUGGGGCUGAAGUUGUAG